GGCUGCAGCCAGGAUCCACCCCUGCCCAGACCUCAUUUAAGCACUGCCAUUGGAGGUGUGGGUAUCUUGCUGGAGAUCCCUGCACACCUGAGGCCUUCUAAAGGCUGUUAAUGGAGAAGAGGGCGGAUGACAGCCGGGACCGUGGUCAUCACAGGUGGAAUAUUAGCAACUGUCAUUUUACUUUGUAUCAUCGCUGUCCUCUGCUAUUGUAGGCUCCAGUACUACUGCUGCAAGAAGGAUGAAUCCGAGGAGGAUGAGGAGGAGCCCGACUUCGCCGUGCACUCCCACAUCCCUCCGCUCCACUGCAACCGCAACGUAGUGCUGACCAACGGGCCGUCCCUCUACAGCUCCUCACCCUUCAGCAAGAAGGCAACGCCGAGUCGCAGCGGCUGCCCGGGCUGCGGGCAGUAUGAGCCUCCAACCUUCUUCCUGCAGGAGCCCCCCGAGGAGCUGCACAACGGGGGGGACCGGGUCAGCUUCCAGACCGUCAGCCAGGAGGAGCUCGACCUGCCGGUGAGCGUGAGUAACCUGCAGGCUCUCAACCCCAACCGGCUCUCAGCCAUGCGUGAAGCCUUCUCCCGCAGUCGCAGCAUCAGCACCGACGUGUGAGCCCGGCGCUGCAUGGAGGACUUCUUAUAAUCCACCGCAGUGUUUUAAAAUAAAAUUAAAAAAAAAAAAAGAGGAGGGGGGGAAAAGUUGAAUGUAUUGCUGCAUAGACAGAGAUGAGCUAAAUUUCAGUAUAAUGGAGGGGGAAGUGAGGGUGGCUUGGUGGCAGCUGGGCCCUGAGGUUUUCUAAUGCUGCGUUGCAUUUCUUUCUUUUAUAAAGAGGAUUUUGAUAUUGUGCAUCCUUUUAUACAGAGAAAAUGCCCGUCAUCCACAAGAGGCUGGUGGGCUGAGAUGGGUGUUGCAAAGCAUCUUGAGCUGCAAGGCUGCUGUGCUGUAGGGAUAUGUGGCACCUGGGGGCUGCUGGCUCUGGUGUGCAAACACACGCAGCCAGCACCAUCCCCUGGCAAAGCUGGGCUGCUGCUGCCCAUCCUUCUGCCACUGCUCUGUGCUGCAGCCGCGCACAUCCCAUCCCAUCCCUGUCCUGCACUCUCUUGCUCCUCCAAUUGCUGUCCUCAUGGGGCAGGAACAGUGGGCACAGACCUGGCCCUGCUGAUAGAGCUGGGUUAUCAAUCAAGUUACUUAGGGCGAGGAGGAAGGAAUGAUUCCAGAUGGAGGAACGCACCCGCAGCUGCCCUCUCCAAAUAAUGAGCCUCCCCUCUCCAAAGGAUGCCAUAUGCUACUUCUAAUCUAGGGAGCUGAGUGCUGGCAGAGCGAGAGUGCACCCAUGUAUGUGCACACACGCCCCUGCAUGCACAUUUCUAGUUUAAUUUUGAAGACUACCAUAAGAUUUCCUUCCCAUUAUUAUUAUUAUUUUUUUAAAUAGAAGCAGUCACAGCACAUAUUACUCAGCCAGUGACAUGCAGAACACUUCACUCCCUCCUUGCUCUCCCGUGUACAAUUUCUCUUGCACAACACCCUCUUGCCCCAGGUUGGGCAUUAUUCAGGUUAAAAGUAUCACCCUGCACUGGGGCAGGGCAUGCUGCUGCAGAGGAGGGGUGGCUACAAAUCGACCCUAACAGCCUCAGUGCUGUGCUCGGGGCCAGGCUUUGUUUUCAGAGAUGCAAUGAGAACGAAGCACUGCUGUUCUAUAGCCCCCAGCAUACACACACAGUGUGCAGCCCAUCUGGAGAUGUUGCUUUCAGCUGUGAGGGCUUUUAAUUCCCCCAGGAAACCCUGCAAAGCACAAGUCAGCCUCUGCAAUCCAGUACCUUUGAUAGUUUGGGGUUUCUGCUGGGGGAUUGGGGCUUGGGUUUGGCCACGUUGAAUGGCAGCACCCACUCCAGGCUGUACAGUGCUCACAUCAGUUUGUUUGAAUGCAUUCAGCCUUUGAGUUCUUUGCCUUUCUUGUGAACAUUUUCUUGUUCCAGCUUUCCCCCAUUCCCUGUUCUAUUUUUGGGGGGGGUUUUCCUUCCGUUGUAGCUUGGAAACUAAGCAAGUAAUUGACAUUCUCUAACCUUCACCUGGCAAACUGUUGUACAGGACUUGGGGAAUCAUUGAAGAAGAAAAAAGAAAGCAAAAAAAUAAACUACUUUGACACAG